GCCCUAUAAAAUCCAGGAGCUUUCGGGGGUUUCGUCCUGGACCCACUGGGGGCCUCAAGGCGGUCCCCAGCCUCAUACAGUGGCGCCCCCCGUAACCGCAAUUCCUGGAUCCGCCCCUGAUAAUCUCUCUUUAACAUAUUUGGCGAGAGUGAAUACAUGUAUAUCCCGUGCAACCGAGAAAACACCCGAGGAGUACAUCUACUUGUGUUUCACAGGAUGCGUUCCCAACCUGUUAAAUAUCUUCAUUUUGAGAGCAUUCCGAUGAUCAGUCUAGGAAAGAUCCACAAUGCUUGGAGAAAAAAACUUACCACGGAAACUUCAACAAGUAGAGGGGUUUAAUCCUUGGCCAAGGCUUUGAGUGUUUUCCGCGAUACAAAGCAAUGCGGAAAGUAAUUGUUUUGUUUUGUUGUCUCAGGUAAAAAUGGUCCAAUGAGAUUUCAUAUUUGAAUCACGUAUCAACGAAUGUACGUGAGCAAUUUUUCGUGCUAAUCGAACACCGCUCACGUAGAUUUACUGACAGUUCGGGCCCGCGACGUUUCGGGUCCGCGACUGUUCGGGAGUUUGAUAACGACGGUUCGGAACUUCGGUUACGACGGUUCGGGAGUCUGGUCACGACAGUUCGGGUGUUGAUUAUUGAAAUUAUUUCAAAGAGAGGUGCACGACGGUUUGGGUGUUUCCAUAUGUCACGCACCCGAACUGUUGAUAGGUGUAAUUCACGUAAAGUAACAAAAUGCAUAAAUAUUUAUUUUGUUUGUGUUAAAAUACAGUAGAGAUAUUUUGUUACUCAAUGUAUCAGAGGAAAUUCGGGCUAUGAAAAUUGCCGACAUAAUGGGAUUACCGUUACACUGAAACAAUAAACAAUUAUUUCAAUGUUGUUGUUUCAAAUCAUGUUUUAUGAGAAUAUCUGAGGAUUGAUUAGGAAAUAAGAAUGAAAAUGUUUAUAGAAAUUUGUUUCAAAUAUAGGCCCUAGACGGCAACAUGAGCAGACCUUCAUGUAGUUAUUACUACUUUUGAUUAUGACCUCUUGUUGCCGAACUAUCAAAUUACAAUUGAUUCUAUCUUUCAUUUCUGCAAUGAAUACAUCAUCUUAAAUAUUUAGUUAGUUUUUUUUUUCUUUUCUUUUUUUUUUUACUUCGCAAAAAGAGACUUAAUAUAUAUAUCGAAUAAUUAUUUAACCAAUAUUUGGGCCCACAAAGGGGUAUUAGGAUUCACAUUGACAAAUGAAGUCCAAACUCCAUCCAAAAUCAUACAUGAUGAAAAUUACAAUUUAAAAAAAAAAAAAUUCAUAUGAUGAAAAUUACGUUGUUUUUUAAUUUUAUAAAACAUUUGUAAAUGUCAUUAUAUUAUAAUCAAAACCUAAUGCUGAGUUAACUCACAAGAGGUUAUAUAUUUUUGAAUUUUAUAACACACAACUUCACUAAGCCCUUUUCACAAAAAAAUCUUUUCUCAGUCUUUAUACAUAGCUCAGUUGCCAAUAUGCUCUCACUGUGAUGGUAAAUUUAUAACUACACAAAUAUGACAUUUUAUACUAUUUUCUAUGUAAGCUAUCUUUAGCAGUGUUUUGACAAACUUCAAAUUCAAACUACAGUGUAUAGAUCUAUUUUUCAAGAACAGUCUUAAUUUCCAAUUACAAAUCGGCCUGCAUCCGUUUAGAGUUGUAACCAUCUGUAACCAAGUGUACCCUGUGAAACCUGACCUCAAGACUGCAGCGUUACAUAUAUUUCUUACUUUCUUUUUUCAUUCGAUUUUAUCUUGUAUUGUACCCAUUCUGGAACUUUUGUAUCGGGUACAAUGUAUCAAUGGUGUUUACAUACAUUAGUAUAAUAUACACUUCUGUGAAUGCAAUCCUUUUGCAUACAAGACAACCAAACACAACUUUGGUGUAAACCAGGCAAGCUUGUUGGGCAGCCGGCGUUUAAUAACUUUACAACAAAUUUACUACAUACAUGGUAACUGACAUGAACAAGUUUUAUUCAAGUACUGAAUCAAAUAACAAAAUGUCAAGAAAACCCCCAUCAUAGACGUUAAAAACCGCCCAGGAAAAACCAUAGAUAAAAUAUUUGAAAAAACUAUGGAAACCUGUGUCCGAAAGCAAGUGUUAAGUAACGUCUAAGGGUGAAUAUCGGACCUUAUCCAUAAUUAAAUAUAAUAAUAAAAAACUGUGCUACGUGCACUUCGUGAGACUGGCUUAGAAUGACCUUACUCAUGAUUUCGACACUUUAUAUAGGCCUUCCUAUGGCCACGCCUUGUAUUACUACGCAUAGACAUUCGAACACGUUCCUAUCAUACAACGUUUUCCCGCUAUUCUUCGAAACAAUCUCGAGUAACGGAAUUGGAAUAAAAAAUCUACACAGUAUAGGAAAAUAUUUAUCAGGUUUAAAUUAACUGUGGAGUUAAAACUAAACCACCAUUUUGUCAAACACAAAGAAAAUGAUUUAAUAGUAUAUGCAUUUAUUCCAGCUUGUAUUACGAUGUCCUUCCUCAAAGUUACAUUAAGUUUAAAAGGAACAACUAUGCUUUUGGGGCUAUUCAUUUUAUAAACGACGCAAUAUGCAUGACUACUGUAGUUGUUGGUAGAUUAGAGUGAGAGAUGGGGGACAAUAAGCAAGGGGUCCUCGUUUAUUUCAGCAGAGGCUCACAGUUUUCGUGAGUAUCCACUACGGUUAAUUGCCAAUUUUACUGAAAAUUCUCUGCAACUUUAAAUCUAUAUUUGAAAAAAAGAAUAUUGUCUUCUUCUACUGAUAGCGAAAAUCGUGUUUCCAUAUGCAAUGUCCACACGUUGUGCUUUAUACCACCUUUACACUCACGGAUUUUUCUUACGAGUCCUUACGGAUCUCCGACUCGUAGUCAAUCGCAAGCAUUCGUAAAUCACUCGCCGGUAUCCGUUAAUAACUCGUCACAACUCGCUGGCCAUGGUGACGUCUCCAUUACUCCAGCAGGCUUGAGGUUCACGGCGAGAUACUUUGGACUUGUUUGGAGUAAAGUCUCCAUAUGAGUUAAAAUCCGAAAUAUCUGACGUUUUCCUGGAUUUUUUAUGAUUUUGAUAUUUACCGUGCCAGGAAAACGUCAGAUAUUUCGGACUAUAGAUGAGUGACGUUAAACUCUUUUAACAAUAUACAAACAACAUAAAAGAUCUAGUAACUCGUAUCAUGUCUUUUCUCAAAAUAAACAUCAGUGAACCGCAACCUGUGGACAUACCACGCACAUGGCUAAUUAGCAUAACCUAAUGUGAAGGUCGCUAUGUAAUUCGAUCGUGUUGCAAGACGACUUCAAUUGUUGGUUUAUUGAAAAGUUGGCAGAACAUGUACAUGUAUGAGGUGCCGUUUUAAUAUUUUUGAGGUAUUUUCUGAUAUCAAAAAAAGAAUUAUUGAUAUCAAUAAUUCGAAUUCCUGAUGUCAAAAAAUAAUUCUUGAUAUCAAUAAAUAAUUCUUUAUAUAAAAAAAAAUCAUUUUCUGAUAUCAAAAAUUCGAAUUCCUGAUAUCAAAAAGUGAUUUUCUUAUAUCAAAAAAAUCAAAUUCUUCAUAUCAGAAAAUAAGGUUGAUUUUUUGAUAUCGAAAAAUCGAAUUCUUGACAUCAAAAAAUCAUUUUCUGAUAUCAAGAAAUCGAAUGUUUGAUAUCAGAAAAUAAUAUUUUUUGAUAUCAGGAAUUAGAUUUCUUUGAUAUCAGAAAAUGAUUUUUUGAUAUCAAAAAAUUAUUUGUAUUUUCUGAUAUCAGAAAAUCGAUUUUUUUAAUAUCAGAAAAUAAGACUCAUAUAAAACUACGAUCUACUUAAUGAAUGCUCCCUGUGAUGCAAUCUUCAGCUUCCCGCCUGAAAUUUUCGCGAACCUGUAGAUGCAUGUGGGGAAUAAAUGGUUAAUCUAAUUCAUUAUGGCAAAUUCUUCCACAUCCACAAUGGUCAGCACUGCUUUGUCCGCGAUUCGCUAUGAAAUGGAUGGGGUCGAUCCUGAAGAAGUGUUGACUUCAAACGAGACUGGUGAAGUAACUUAUUUGUCAGUGGGUUGCCUCGAUUUACAAAGUAUUCAUACACAAAACAUGCUUUAGCAUACCAAAUCAAUUGAGAGACCAGAUGCAGGCACAGGUGCUUGUGGACAGGACUUCCGGUACCCCCCUUCUUUUAUUUUUAAAUGUUCAAUUCCUUGGGUAUUUCGGACGUAUUUUUGAUAAAAUAUGUAACUUCAGAGUUUAUAUAUUUCAAUGGAAUACACAAAUCUCGCAUAGAAACCGUUUUUAAAAAUGUCAUAUCACCGAUCAUAAUAUAUGUUCAUAUGUACAUAGGUUCAUGGAAUAAAUUAAAAUCAUCACCAUUUGAUCCAGGCAAACUUUUUAAAUCACUUCACUGUGAGAAGCUUCAUCAUAAAUAUUCUAAAUGUAUUCUGGGUGUACAUAAGAAAAGUACAAAUUUUGCUGUACUAUCAGAUUUGGGGAGAUUUCCUCUACAUCAUGAUAUUUUGAAAUCAAUCAUUUGUUAUUGGUACAGGCUUGAAAACCAAAAUGAAUUUAAACUACUUAAGGAUGCUUAUCUAUGUAGUAAAUCUUUAUAUUUAAACAGCAAACUGUCAUGGUACUCACUAGUAGAAAAAGCUUUAGAAUAUAUUAAAAUUGGAUAUCCGUUAAGAGAUUUUAGUCAGUAUAGAUUUAAGAAAAUUGUAAAGAAAUUACUCUGUGAUAAAUACACUGAAACCUGGUACAAUAAUCGAAAUAAAUUAAUUGAUGGGAAACUGUGCACUUAUUUUAAGCUUAAGGAGCACUUUGGUUUUGAGAACUAUCUUAAUAAAAUUAAAAAUUUUGAUAUUAGACGAUCUAUUUGUAAGUUACGGAUAUCAGCUCAUAAAUUAAUGAUUGAAGUUGGUAGAUAUUCUGGUAUUACUAGGAAUGAACGAAUAUGUAGCAAAUGCAACUCCGGUUUACUAGGUGAUGAGAUCCAUUUUUUGAUUAAAUGUGAAAAGUUUGCUGAUGAAAGAAAAUCUUUUUGUGGUGCUAUAGAAAAAACAGUUAAAAUUUUUACCAAACUCAAUGAUGAACAAAAAUUCAUUUACAUACUAUGCUCUGAAGAGCCAUCCAUUCUAAAUAUAACUGGAAAAUUUAUUUUGAACAAUAUAUGACACUGUAUUUGUAUAUAACUAUGUGUUAUGUAAUCACUUGUUUCUUUACUUGUAUAUGUAUAUGUACAUUAUUUGUAUGUAUUUUCAUGCUGCCCCUUGAGGGCCCUUGAUUGGAAAAUAAAUAUAGU